AGUCAUGUAAGACUGGUCUCAGUUUCCUCAGUGUAGAAAUACGAGUGCUGGUGCUAGCUGUCUUUAUGGAGGCAACUUCCUGUUCCGUGCUGUGUCUGAGACGACCUGUGUUUGCUUUCCUGGGCUCUGGGAAAGUUGCCUUGCAGGAGCAGGUGAAUUUUUGCUUGCUAAGCUCCAGCACAUAGUAUGGCAGGAGUUACCUGGUGUAAUCUAUAGCUCUGUAUCAGGUUUUUCAGGUGCUGGACACUGCCCAAACCUGGACUGUACAGUAUCAUAGCUGACCUUGAGCACAGGCAGCCAAACCCAUGGGGGAAGACAGGGCUGAAGUCAAAUAUUACACACCAGGGUGAUUUGUGCAUGUUGUGUUGGAGCCCUCUAGACCCCUGGCACUUCCAUCCUCCCAUUAGAUCUCCCAGGCCCUGGGAAAGGAAGUUUUGGUCUCCAACACAGUUUGCAGAGGUGGAGGUGGCUGAGAACACGUUUGAACGGAAGCUGGGACUCCAUCUCUUGUGGAAUUGAUGCUGGUCAAACCAUGUACCCCAAAAAUAGUCCCAUAAAGCUUUGUCAGCACCCACUGGCUACAGCUGGCACCCCGUUUCUGUCAGUGUGUUCAUGGGAACAGUGAAUGUUUUCAUACAGUUUCAAAGGGAGGCUGGACAAGUGUCUUGGAAGAUAAGGAAGGAAUUGUGCCAGGCUGGCAGUGACUAUUAGCUGGCAGAUGUCUUCAGGGAAGUCUUCUCCUUGUUUGUCCUGCUGUAACUCUUCCUUCACCAGCCAUUCACAGCCACUGUUGAGGGCAGAAUGCUGGGCUAGACAAACUCUGCUGUGACCCACUGUGCAUCUUUUUAUGAGGGAAAUCAACAGCUCAAGAUGCAGACGUUGUCCUGACUCCAGGUUAGGUGUGGAAAUUGAUUCUUACUGGUGUUGACCUUUUCCUGCCAGAAGGGACCGGGAAAAACUAAUCCUGACAAGAAGUUUUGGUAACAAUCACUGGCUUUGUCGCUGGAGGUGGCUUGACUUCAUCCCUCUGGCAGAGCCUGGCAGGUUUGUCUGGCCAAAAGCAUUAGCUGCCUGUACAUAUCUUCUCGGCCUUUGCCCCUUGCAUUAGGGAAGCAUGGUUCUUCCCAAGCUGAUCUUUCUGCACUUAAGCCAGCUCUGCUUGCCUCACUUUUGGGGACUGGUCCACAGUUCUGUUACUCCAUAGACCUUAGCCUCUUUCAGAGUGGUCCUUUUGUGAUGUGCAUCGUGCUGAUGAAGCUGCUGCCCCAGUCCCUUGCAGUGAUGAUCUGUAACUAGGGAAGGUGUGACAGCACUUGUUAGGCUGAGAUCUGCUUUGUGCCCCACCUGCACCACGCAGUGCCCUUACAAACAGGGACAGAGAGGAAGAAUUUCUCAGUCACAGGCUUCUGGGAAAGAAGUCCAUCAGAGCUGCAAUGUAUUUUGCUUUCUGGGGCUCUCUCUUAUUUGCUGCUUUGUUCCUCUACAAGUGCUGUCUCACCAUUGAAAAAGCCACAUCUGGCUUGAAGCCACUUGAAGCAGCUUGGACAAGAGACUUCCUGCUCUGAACAUUGAAUUAAUGGGCUUGGUCUUUUACACGAGUGAAAUCCUUUCAGACUUUUGUCCAUGUCAGGCUCCCAGCUCUACUAAUUAAGAGGCUUUUAACUCAGACAGUGUUUGGGAGCCACAGUGCAGCUGGGCUUUUGAAAAAAUGAGGAAAUGCUAGAGGUAGGGAUGUAAUGGGUUGGAUUUCAACUUCAAAAAAAUGUCUCUGAGAGAGAACAGAACAUCCUCCUUGCAUCACCUUUUGUUUGCUGCAGCAAAGCUGGGGAGAUGUCAACUGCGUGGGCUGCUCUAGAACUGAUGAAGCUGAUAAUAAGAAACUCUUCUGUUUGGCCCUGCCCUGGGGAAAAAGACUUUGAGAAGAUGGAGAACCAGAGUGGAGUGCUCUUGGGAUACAUCUGCUGGGAAGGAAAAGAGGAAGGGGGUGAGGAGAAUGGGGUGGCUCCUCAUGUUUCUCCUCCCAGCCAAAUGAGCAGACUGGAAGAUGUGCAGGUGGAGAUGCUUGAGAAAGCAAGGGAGCUUUUCCAGCUGUGUGACAAGGAUAAGAAGGGUUUUAUCACCAAGGUGGACAUGCAGCGGCUGCAGAGUGAACUCCCCCUAACCCCUGAGCAGCUGGAGACUGUUUUUGAUAGCUUGGAACAGAAUAAUAAAGGAUACCUGACACCUGUGGAGUUCAGCAUGGGUCUAGGAAAGUUAAUAGGGAUUGAAUUGUGUCAAGGGGCUGGGAGAACGGAUCACUCCAGACAUGAGGAGACCUUUGAGUCAGGCUGGUCAGAUGACUUGGACCCUGCAGAUGAUGAUGAAGAGGAGAAACGAUUCUGCUCCAUGAUGGAGCAGCUUGGAGCAGCCCAGUUGUUUGAAGACCCACAUGAGAUUCGGGAGCUCUGGGCUCGCCUACGAAAGGAGCGUCCAGAGCUCUUAUCCAAUUUUGAAGAGUUUCUGUUGCGUGUUUCAUCGUACAUAAAGGAGGUGAAUCAUGAGAAAGAGUCAAUGGAACAAGCAUUGAAGAGGAAGGAGUCAGAUCAUGAUCGAGAAGUCAGGUGCCUUUAUGAAGAAAUGGAACAACAGAUGAAAGUAGAAAGGGAGAAGCUGGUCUGCCAGGAAGCACUGAGGCAUGACAGGAGUAACUUGCUCCAGAAGGAGCUGCACAACAAAGAGCAGGAGCUGGAGAAAAUCCUCUACCGCCAGAAGAAGCUGGAACAUCAGCUGCAGUCGCUGAACUCAGAGCAGCUGGAGACCCGCGUGCAGAAUGAGAGGCUCCGGCACCUGAAUGAAAACCUGCUGGAAGAGCUGGAGAAAAGCAAAUGGGAGCUAGAGGCAGUGAAGGGGCAGUUACAGAAGCUCCAGAAAGAGGCUCAGCUUGAGCAAGAGCAGAAGGACAGGGAUGUGUUUAGAGUUUCCAAGAACAUGCAGAAAGAGAAACAAAGCCUCCUUCGGCAGCUGGAGCUCCUCAGAGAAAUGAACAAGAAACUUCGAGAUGAGCGAGAUGCUUUUGAAGCCAAGAAGCUGGUGCUUCAGAACAAAAAGUCCCUGUUGAAGAAAGGGUCAGUGCUAGGCAGUUACCUGCUGGAGGACAAGCCUGUCAAACGACAACUGGCCUCUGCGGACCUUCCCUUCACCUUCCCAGUGGAUGUGGCAGUGGAAGAACCCAACAGAAAGAACUGUAAAUACUUCCCAGGCAACGGGGUAUGGAUGAAGACAGGAGAAGGAGGCAGCACAAACUUUGGAGAGAACAGCCGAGAUGAGGAGAGAUGGCCCUUGGCAGCAGAUCCUGAGUGGUUUAAGAUGACUUUGAAGGGUGACUCUGACUGCAGAAAAAAUGCAGAUGGCUUAGAUGCUGCUCUGCUGCCUCCUCGAGUCCAGCCUGUUGGCACCGAAACCAGGCUCCAAGCACUGGAACCAGCCAGCUGUUCCCCAGAUCGCAUUUUUAAAGUGGUGUUUGUAGGGAAUUCCGGUGUUGGGAAGAGUUCCUUCAUCCACCGCUUCUGCUAUGACAGGUUCUUGGCUGAGCUCAAUGCAACCAUUGGUAUCGACUACCAGGUGAAGAGCCUAAUGGUGGAUAACACCCAGGUUGCCUUACAGCUGUGGGAUACAGCUGGACAAGAGAGGUUUCGGAGCAUCACCAAGCAGUAUUUCCGGAAGGCAGACGGGAUCCUGGUGAUGUACGACAUUACGGCCGAGUGCUCCUUCCUGGCGGUGCGGAACUGGAUGAGCAGCAUCCAGGAAGGUAUAGAGGAUGGAGCUGUCGUCUUUCUGCUUGGAAAUAAAUUGGAUGCUGUGCAGAGAGAGACCCGGAAUGUACCCAAGGUGGAGGGUGAAAGGCUGGCAAAGGAGUACAAGGCUGUGUUCUAUGAGUGCAGCGUGAUGACUGGCUACAACAUCAUGGAGCCCAUGCUGCACAUGGCCAGGUUGCUGACAGCACAAGAAGACAGGCAGAGGGAGAAUGCCCUGCAGCUGGAGGAUAUCAGCAGGAGGAAAGGGUGCUGCACAUAAAGCACACCAAUGUGUCAGCAAGAGACGUGCCAAUGCUGUAUCAUGAAACUGGGGGUUCCUUUCAAGAAAGCUGAAUUUGAUGAUACCAGCUCUCUAGAGACUUGGGGAAGGUGCAGCUUUUCCUAGUCUGUGAAUUUUGAGGCAUGAAUCAGGCCAAAAUGUGCAUAUUAUCUGCACUGUUCUACUUCCAAGUCUGCAUGCAGCCCUGGUCUCUAGAGGCCUUUGCUUCUUUGGGGGAAUUUGGCUGGUCUUAGCUAGUAACACAGACUGGGCCUUCUGUCUGGAGAGGUUGCUUCCCUGUAAAGGGAUGCAGUCUUGUUCAUGUUCUUUAUGGCAAAGAAGUGGCCUAGCAGCAGAGAGCAGAGGAAAGGUGGGUCUGUAUUCAAUAGAAUUUCCACGUAAGAGAGUAAAAUUAUUUUAAAUUUGGGCUAGCUCUAAGUAGUGAUCCAUCUAUCUCGGAGAGAAGCAUCUCCUCUUGGUUCUGCCGCAGCAGUGCUCAGCUGAGAGCCCACUCUGGUGAGUGAGAAUGCUUCCACCACUUUCUGCAAGAUCUGGAUAGGGCCCUGGAUUUACUGCAGGAUUGGGUUGGACUUGUCAAUAUUGUAGUUAAUAGAUUCCGUAUGUGAUUAUAGUAUGAACUGAUAGGAUGAGUCAUCCAAAUGUCUUUCAUUGCUUUGUCACCCCUAUGGACCUUUUCACUGUCCUAGCAGUGUCCUGUGUAUGUUUACGGAACACAGAGCAGUUGCCCUGGGACCCGCAGGCCACUGGCGUGUGCUGCUGAUUCAUAGCCCAUUGCGGGAGUUGUGCUGUACAAACCAGGGCAGCCAUAUAUAGCCUGUUUUAAGGCUGAAUGCUGCCUGUUUCCUCCCAUUCUUAUUCUUUCCUGAAGAAUCUCCAGCAAUUUGGAACUGCCUUACCCACAGUCCUGAGAGGUCCCACCAGAGUGCUUUUAAAUGCACCUGGGCUGGAAGCACAAGGCAGCUGCCUGUAUGAAAUGUACCUUUUUCUCUUGCAGGGACCUUGAGCAACAGCCUCACUUUAUUGCUGAAGGGCUGAGAUAGAGCCUGACUGAAUCUGUUCCCAUUGGGAAGGGUCCUUCUUGUCACUAAGGGGUGGGGUGAAGCAGGGUGAGGAGAAGCACGGGCAGAGAUGGGAACUGUCCCCAAAAGUGCUCCUGGUUGGCAUAGCUGCCACUGUGCCUGGGCAUGGAGCUCUGGGCUGCGAUGCUUUCUGGUUUGCUGCUCAGUGGCUUUCAAAGCCUUGGGAUUAAGUGAGAUUUUUGUUAGUGCCCUUUCCCCUUUUGUCUUUGAGGCUGUUUCUGUAUGUGAUGGACAUUUUAGGCACGAGAUGUGAUACUGCAGCUGUGACGCAGCCCCCAGACCUUGCGGCAUAGGGAAGGGCUGUGCUUGUCCAAGGUCUUUCCUCUCUUGGGAUGAGGUGGUUACUCUGAAUGUCUGUUUAUUGCACAAAUUUCCCUGGGAAUAUCCCAAGCAGGAAAAGUGCUCUGAGUCACCUACAGCCUAUCAGUGUUACAAAGAAUUUCCAUCAUUCCUCCCAGUGCCCUUUACUUCUGAUAGGAACAAGGAAGUUUUUCUCUGGAAGAGCAGGAUUUCUGAGUAAAAGGAAGAGCUAAAAGUAGUAAGAUCCUGCUCAGUCCUUACUGUUGGCUGGCUGUAACUCCCACUGUCCAACUGCACUAACGCCUUUCCAAAACUGGGAAUCAGAAAGUUAUAAGAGGCCCUGAGGGAACCAGGGCAGCUGGUGUGGAGCCUGGAGUUCAGACCUACAGCGCUGCCAGGGGAACUGCUCGUGUUUGCAAGAAGUGAUGUUUGGGAGGGGAGAUCCAUGCUAAGGUGUUCUGACCAUGCACCUCCCACACUCUUUACACAGCACACCCGAGACAAAAGUGUGAAAUUUGCCUGACACGCAAAUACAGGCCAGUUCUGUGUAUUACCUUUAUCAGUGCUGUCAUACUGCAAGGGUGAGAACCAUUAGGUUCUUUUAAUGUACAACCUCAAGUAUGUUUUCUUAGUGUGCAACCAGUACAGGCAAUAAAGAA